AUGGGACUUGUGCACUUAAGUACAACUUUGGGAAACCUGGCAGCAAGAGUCAAGAAGGGAGAGGAGAACAUAGGCAAACAGAGGAAGAGCUGGGUUCUGGACAAGCUGACGGAUCCACGGCUGUGGCAUGAAGCUGCUGCCCAGGUGGAGAGCACUGCUGCCUGUGGGUCCUUGGAACAGGCCGUGGGCACAGCAACCCGGAAGAACCGCUCACACCUGUGCCCCAAAGAUGAGGGCCCAGGAGGACCCCGAGGGCCAGACACAGGUGCUGGGGAGCGGCACGAGUCCCUGGGCUCAGCAGGGCCCUCCACGAGGGAUCCCACGACGUCCCUGCCAACAGAACCCAAGUUUGACAUGUUGUACAAGAUUGAGGAUGUGCCGCCCUGGUACCUGUGCAUUCUGCUGGGCUUCCAGCAUUACCUGACAUGCUUCAGCGGCACCAUUGCCGUGCCCUUCCUCCUGGCUGAGGCACUGUGUGUGGGCCGCGACCAGCACAUGAUCAGUCAGCUCAUCGGUACCAUAUUCACCUGCGUGGGCAUCACCACCCUCAUCCAGACCACAAUGGGCAUCCGGCUGCCACUGUUCCAGGCCAGCGCCUUUGCAUUUCUGGUCCCAGCCAAAGCCAUCCUGGGUUUGGAGAGAUGGAAAUGCCCCCCAGAAGAGGAGAUCUACGGUAACUGGAGUCUUCCCCUGAACACUUCUCAUAUCUGGCACCCACGGAUACGUGAGGUCCAGGGUGCAAUCAUGGUAUCCAGCAUGGUGGAGGUGGUGAUCGGGCUGAUGGGGCUGCCUGGAGCCCUGCUCAGCUACAUAGGGCCUCUCACAGUCACCCCCACGGUCUCCCUCAUUGGCCUCUCUGUCUUCCAAGCUGCUGGAGACCGAGCUGGCUCCCACUGGGGCAUUUCAGCUUGUUCCAUUCUCCUGAUCGUCCUCUUCUCCCAGUACCUGCGUAACCUCACCUUCCUGCUGCCUGUCUACCGCUGGGGCAAGGGCCUCACUCUCUUCCGCAUCCAGAUCUUCAAGAUGUUUCCUAUUGUGCUGGCCAUCAUGACCGUGUGGCUGCUCUGCUAUAUCCUGACUCUGACGAAUGUGCUGCCCUCAGACCCCACAGCUUAUGGGUUCCAGGCACGAACGGACGCCCGAGGGGACAUCAUGGCUAUUGCGCCCUGGAUCCGCAUCCCCUACCCCUGUCAGUGGGGCCUGCCCACAGUGACUGCGGCUGCCGUCCUGGGUAUGUUCAGUGCCACACUGGCCGGCAUCAUUGAGUCCAUCGGAGAUUACUAUGCUUGUGCCCGCCUGGCUGGUGCACCACCCCCUCCAGUACAUGCUAUCAACAGGGGCAUCUUCACGGAAGGCAUCUGCUGCAUAAUCGCAGGGCUACUGGGCACAGGAAACGGAUCCACCUCGUCUAGCCCCAACAUUGGCGUUCUGGGAAUUACCAAGGUGGGCAGCCGGCGCGUGGUGCAAUAUGGCGCGGGGAUCAUGCUAGUCCUGGGCACUGUUGGCAAAUUCACCGCCCUUUUUGCCUCGCUCCCUGACCCCAUCCUGGGGGGCAUGUUCUGCACCCUUUUUGGUGAGUGCCACCUGUGCGCCAUGGGUCUCUGCGUGGUCGCGGAGAGGUGGAGCCCAUCCGGCCUGCGCGGCGCCUCCAGCAGUUCUCCUGCGCCCUCAGGCAUGAUUACGGCUGUGGGGCUGUCCAACUUGCAGUUCGUGGACAUGAACUCCUCUCGAAACCUGUUUGUGCUCGGAUUUUCCAUGUUCUUCGGACUCACGCUGCCCAAUUACCUGGAGUCUAAUCCCGGCGCUAUCAACACAGGCAUUCCUGAAGUCGACCAGAUUCUGACUGUGCUGCUGACCACAGAGAUGUUUGUCGGUGGGUGCCUUGCUUUCAUACUGGACAACACAGUGCCAGGGAGCCCAGAGGAACGAGGUCUAAUACAGUGGAAAGCUGGGGCCCAUGCCAACAGUGAGAUGUCUACCAGCCUCAAGAGCUAUGACUUCCCCAUUGGCAUGAGCAUAGUAAAGAAGAUUGCCUUUCUGAAAUACAUUCCUAUCUGCCCAGUCUUCAAAGGAUUUUCUUCAAGGUCAAAAGCCCAGCAACCAGUUCCAGAAGACACUCCAGAUAAUAUACAAACUGAGUCUGCGUGCACCAAGGUCUGAAAAAUUACUCGUAGGAAAGGAAGCAAGGUUUGUAACAGAAAAAGAAAACUACAUGGAGAAUCAAAGGACCCUAAGAUGGAAUUCCAGCUCUGCUCUAAAUUAACUUCCUAUGAAAGCCUCGAAAAGUCACUCUCUUUGGAACUCUAUUUCUGCAUCAGUUAGAGAAAGAAUAGGCCAAAGUCUCUAAGAGCCAGUAUUCUAGAUCUCUAAAACUUUACUUUACUAAGCAGACAUGUCAGCAUCUUGACAACAGGUGGAAAUCUGCCUCCACCACAGUUGAUAAAGAUGAAAAGAAAUCAAGAUGUGUUACAGGGCCUGAAUGUCAGAAUACCGGUAGGCUUUUCGACUGAAUCUGAUCCCCCUAUGUCACUUACUUCACAACCAAAGUAUAUUAAAUAACAUCCUGAAGCAAUAGUUUAAUUUUAAUUUCAUAAUUUAUAUACAACCAUUUCCUUGGACAAGACAUACUCUCACUUCUCUCAAAGGAAAUAUAUCUAAACUAUGAAGUUUAAAUUAAAAAGCAGUGUUUUUGAA